UGGCUUUGCAUGUAAACGAGUCAGUUCUUAUAUAUAUGCCUCAGACUUCCUCGCUAGCUUCAUUCCAAGCAAAACACAGGAAGAGAGAGAUAGGAUCAGUAGAAACAGUUUCUCCAGUAUAUUCAGAUCUUAAUUAGGAAACGGAAAAUGGCAGAAAACGGUUACGCAGAGCUAGAGAAGCAGAAAUUGCUUUUACAAGAACAUGAAGAGAAACACUUCAUGUCAAGUGAGAUUGUCCGUGACAUCAUCAUUGGUGUCUCCGAUGGUCUCACUGUCCCUUUCGCCCUUGCUGCUGGUUUGUCCGGCGCCAAUGUCACUUCCCGCAUCAUUCUCAUCGCCGGCAUUGCUGAAGUUGCCGCCGGCGCCAUCUCCAUGGGGCUUGGCGGGUACCUUGCAGCAAAAAGCGAAGCUGAUCAUUACAUGAGAGAACUAAAACGAGAACAAGAAGAAAUCAUCAGCGUCCCUGACAUAGAGGCUGCUGAAUGUGGAGACAUAUUAGCAGAGUAUGGAGUUGAGCCACAUGAAUAUGAGCCAGUGGUGAAUGCUUUAAGGAGAAACCACCAGCAUUGGCUUAAUUUCAUGAUGAAGUUUGAACUUGGAUUGGAGAAGCCAGACCCAAUGAGAGCAUUUCAAAGUGCCAUAACAAUAGCUAUUUCUUACGUACUGGGUGGGUUUGUACCCCUUUCACCAUACAUAGUAUUUCCAGUUGCUGAAGAAGCUGUUGUUGCAUCUAUUAUGGUUACCAUUUUGGCAUUACUAGUAUUUGGGUUUGUUAAGGGUUACUUUACUGGUGAUAGACCCUUUAGGAGUGCCCUUCAAACUGCCUUCAUUGGAGCUAUUGCUUCUGCUGCUGCUUAUUCCCUAGCUAAGGUUUUCCGAGUUUGAUUCAUUUCUCCAUUUUCUAACUUCUUCUUCUCCUCCUCAAUAUGGACUUUGGGUUUGUAUGCUCUAAUACUUCAAUGUAUUUGGGACAUCUUAAUUAUCUGAUUCCAACCUUCUUGUAUCUAUAUUUGUUGCAGCUAUGUGAAAGUUGUGCCUUCUUAAGUCUUAA